CCCCUUCCCUCCCUCCCGCAGCGGAUGCAGAAACGCGCCGAGCGCUUCAACGUCCCCGUCAGCCUGGAGAGCAAGAAGGCAGCCCGGGCAGCCCGGUUUGGCCUGGCCACAGUUCCACCCAAAGGCCUGGCUGCAGACACCAAACCCACGGUGAACAUGGAUAAAUUGAAGGAAAGGGCUCAGAGGUUUGGGCUGAACGUCUCCUCGCUCUCCAAGAAGAGUGAGGAAGAUGAGAAGCUGAAGAAGAGGAAGGAGCGAUUCGGGAUCGUGACGAGCUCGGCCGGGGCUGGAGCCACAGAGGACACAGAGGCAAAGAAGAGGAAACGAGCAGAACGUUUCGGGAUCGUCUGA